CAUGGAAUUAGUUUACUUUAGCACACUUGUAAGCACACUUUUGUCAAUAAAGUUGCGCACUUCAAAACAACAGGAACCGGAAGUGCAUCGCUAGGCGCGCACGCGCAUUGAGGUAGCGGCGGCAGCAAGCGUGAUCAGGACGUUAGGAGUGUGAGGAGAGGAACCUGUCGUCAUGGAUUUCCAGCACCGAGCUGGAGGGAAGACGGGCAGCGGCGGAGUCGCCUCGGCGUCCGAAAGCAACCGGGACCGGCGCGAGCGUCUCCGGCAGCUGGCCCUGGAGACCAUAGACAUCAACAAAGAUCCCUACUUCAUGAAAAACCACCUGGGCUCCUACGAGUGUAAACUGUGUCUCACGCUGCACAACAACGAGGGAAGCUAUCUCGCUCACACGCAGGGAAAAAAGCACCAGACUAACCUAGCGAGGCGAGCCGCCAAAGAGGCGAAGGAAGCGCCGGCUCAACCCGCUCCAGAGAAGGUCAAGGUUGAGGUGAAGAAGUUUGUCAAGAUCGGCAGACCCGGGUAUAAAGUAACAAAACAGAGGGAUCCCGAGUGCGGUCAGCAGAGUCUGCUUUUCCAGAUUGACUACCCAGAGAUAGCGGAAGGUAUCGGGCCGAGGCACCGCUUCAUGUCGGCGUACGAGCAGAGAAUCGAACCUCCGGACCGUCGCUGGCAGUAUCUGCUGUUCGCGGCCGAGCCCUACGAAACCAUCGCGUUCAAGGUUCCCAGUCGAGAGAUCGACAAAGCAGAGACUCGUUUCUGGACACACUGGAACAGAGAAACCAAACAAUUUUUCCUGCAGUUCCACUUCAAGAUGGAGAAGUCUCUGGCCGCUCCGCCGGGUCAGACGGUGUCUGUGGGAGUCAAGCGUCCUCCUUCGCUCAUCACCGGACUCGGGCAUCCUCACGGUGACUCCAUGCCGGCGCCGCCGCCGGGAGGAAUACACGGGAUGCCGCCCGGGGCCCCCAUGCCGCCCCAGAUGCCCCCACAGAUGCCUCCUCCGGGCGCCCUGCCUCCUCACCUGAGGCCUCCGCUCCCCGGCGACGGCUAGCCGAAGGGUCGAAGCUUUUAUAGAUGAUGCAUUGUUAAAGCAUUUGAAUGCAUUCACUUAGGCAUCUUAUAAUGCCUUUAUACGACCUCAUGAACAGUUGUAACCAAAGUUAUAAUACUUUUUAGUACAACUUUAGAAAACACAAACCAUGCAUUUUAACUUUGGUCGCAGUUGUUUAUGAAAAUAUUUUUGUCAUGCGUUAUACAUAAAGGCUUCAAGUGUUAACUUUCUAGACACAAAUCAACAUGUUUAUUUCCUUUUUCUUGAACACGGCCCUCUGAAUAUGUAGUGAUUUGACAGUGGUGUGAAUUUUCAUUGAUGGCAAGAGAACGGAUUGUGUACCACAAUGUCCAAAUGUUAUUUUUAUGCUUUUUUUAUUAUUAAAAACAUCUUUAACGUUGACACGA